UCACAAUAUGAACCCGGCGGUUACUCGUUGCAAGCACAAAACCGAAAUUCGGCCAAUAUGACCCAACGGGAUGGUAUUAUAAAAUUUGAGAACGAACGCAUCAAAACCCUCCAAGAAGAACGUUUACACAUACAGAAGAAAACAUUCACAAAAUGGAUGAAUUCAUUUUUAAUAAAAGCCAAAAUGGAGGUCGAAGACCUAUUCACAGAUUUAGCCGAUGGUAUUAAAUUACUUAAAUUACUUGAGAUCAUAUCAUCGGAGAAACUGGGAAAGCCAAAUAACGGUCGAAUGCGUGUUCAUAAAAUUGAAAAUGUCAACAAGAGUCUGGCAUUCUUGCACACCAAGGUUCGUUUAGAAUCAAUUGGUGCAGAAGACAUUGUAGAUGGAAAUCCCCGCUUAAUUUUGGGUCUUAUUUGGACAAUUAUUUUACGGUUCCAAAUUCAAGAGAUUGAAAUUGAUGUGGACGAAGAAAAUGAAUCAUCUGAAAAACGUUCCGCGAAAGAUGCACUUUUAUUGUGGUGUCAGCGUAAAACACAUGGUUAUCCAGGCGUUAACAUACAAGACUUCACAUCGUCAUGGCGUUCUGGUUUAGGUUUCAAUGCGCUCAUUCAUUCACAUCGACCUGAUUUGUUUGAAUACAGCACAAUUGUUAAUUCGAAAAAUUCCAACAUUGAUAAUUUGAAUCAUGCCUUCGAUGUUGCUGCCACGGAAUUGGGUAUACCAAGUUUACUUGAUGCUGAAGAUAUUGACUCUGCACGUCCCGACGAAAAAUCGAUCCUGACCUAUGUGGCGUCUUACUAUCACACAUUUGCACGCAUGAAAAACGAACAGAAAAGUGGAAAACGUAUCGCAAAUAUUGUAGGGCAACUUAUGGAUGCCGAUCGUAAAAAAAUUCAUUACGAACGCUUGACCACAAAUCUACUCAGCUGGAUCAGACAAAAAACAAUUGAACUUCAAAAACGUGAUUUUCCUAACUCAUUGGAAGGUAUACAAAGAGAGCUCUUGGCUUUUAAGGAGUAUCGUACCAUUGAGAAACCACCAAAGUAUAAGGAGCGUAGUGAAAUAGAAGCAUUGUAUUUCACUAUAAACACACUACUCAAGGCGCUAAAUCAACCUCCCUACAAUCCACAGGAUGGUCAGUUAGUAAAUGAUAUCGAAAAAGCUUGGCAAUUACUGGAGUAUGCAGAACACAAUCGCGAGGUAGCAUUGCGUGAAGAGCUUUUGCGUCAGGAAAAACUUGAGCAAUUGAAUUACAAAUUUGAAAAGAAGUCUGUGCUCCGUGAGGGUUACUUAAAAGAAAUGAUACAAGUCUUGUCUGAUCCACGUUAUUUACGUCAAGUGGAUGCCACUUUAAAGAAGCACGAAGCGAUAUCAGCAGAUAUAUUAGCACGCGUUGAGCGUUUUAAUGAUUUGACGUCAAUGGCGAACGAGUUGGAGCGGGAGAACUACCACGGCAAGGACCGUGUGAAGAAACGCGAGGCUGAAGUAAUGGAAAAAUGGCGAAAACUUUUAGAGUUAUUAGAGAGUCAACGUUUAAAUCUAUCACAAAUGAGUAAUCUAAUGAAUUUAUUACGAGAAAUCGCUAGCACAACAGAAUCCGUAAAAGAACUACAAGUGCAGUUCGCAUCAGAGGAUGUAGGACCACACUUGUUGGGCGUUGAGGAACUGUUGCAAGCACAUUCACUACAAGAACUACAAGUAAACACCUACGGUGAAACUAUUAAACGUUUUAAUCGUCUAGCGCAACCAUAUAAAAACUCUGAACAAAAAGAUGCUAUUUUAUUAGUGCAACGCUUAGAUGAUCUUGAAGAAGCCUAUGCAAUAUUAUUGCAACUCUGUGCCAAACGACGUGCUUGUCUUGAAGAAGCAAGGAACUUCCAUCACUUCAUGGAAGAUUACGACAAUGAAGAAGGCUGGUUAGUGGAUAAACAACGAAUUUGCAAAACUGGUAUUACAGCGAAGGAUCUGCGUGCAGUGCUUUCUUUACAACAAAAACACAAAGCACUUGAAGAUGAAAUAAAAGUGCGUAAACCAAAAUCAACACAAAUGUCUGAUGCUGGAAAAAAAUUGAUUGGCGAAAAACAUCCUCGUUCAACAGAAAUUAAGAGUCGUAUAGAUUCACUAGCUGAACAUUGGAAAGCUCUCGAAGAUCUAGUUGAACUUCGUCGCCGUCAGUUAGAAGAUGCUGCCGAAGCAUAUCAAUUUUAUACUGACGCCAAUGAAGCUGAAUCAUGGCUUAAUGAGAAAAUGGCUUUGGUGAAUUCUAAGGAUUAUGGCAAUGAUGAACCUUCAGCACAAGCCUUAUUACAAAGACACCGUGACUUACAAGGCGAAUUGAAUGCUUAUUCCGGCGACAUACUUAAUCUGAAUCAACAGGCCGAUAAACUUAUAAAAGCAGGCAUUUGUACACUAGAAUUGACCGCUAAUGAACCAGAACUGCCGGAAGUUGAGCAAGAGGAAUGGGUUAACGAAACUCGACUUGUGCCAAAGGAAGUGUGGGAAGAUGAAUGGGUUGAAAAACUUGAACAUAAGAAGGUUACUGAAACAAAGAUGCUUCCACAUGUUAGAGCCAUGUUUCCAUUUGAAGGUCAGGGUAUGAAAAUGGAUAAAGGUGAAGUCAUGUUACUUAAAUCGAAAACAAACGAUGAUUGGUGGUGUGUACGCAAGGAGAAUGGACUUGAAGGAUUUGUGCCUGCAAAUUAUGUGCGCGAAAUUGAAGCACGUCCAGUAACAUGCAUUGUACCUAAAGCUGAAAAAGUUAAAAGCUUACAAAAGGUUAAGAAAACAAUAUUAGUACGUCAAGUGGUGCCUGUGAAACGUAUCAAACCAGUCACUGCUGCUCCUAAACCGCUUAUAAAACGUCGUACAUCUACUAACAGUAUAAAUGAUAAUAACGACAGUGUGGAAAAACGUCAGAAACGUAUAAAUACAACUUAUGAUGAAUUACAAGAAAUGGCACAGAAACGACAUGCACUUCUUGAAGACUCCAUACAUCUUUUCGGAUUUUAUCGUGAAUGUGAUGAUUUCGAGAAAUGGAUGAAGGAGAAAGAACGCAUUAUCAAAUCUGAUGAUGGCGAUGGCGUAGAAAAUGUUAAACGAAAGUUUGAAAAAUUCUUAACAGAUCUCUCAGCUGCUUCCAAACGUAUCGAAGAAAUUGAUGGUGCAGUAGAUACGUUCCGUCGUCAAGGACAUUCACAAUUAGAUAAGAUCAUAGCCCGUCAGCGACAAAUACAUCAAAUCUGGCAACGUCUUAAUAAUGCUAAAGCACAACGUGAAAAGAGUUUGGAAGGAGCUUCAAGUGUUGAACUUUUCAAUCGCACUUGUGAUGAAGCGAAAGUAUGGAUGAACGAAAAAAUGUUGCAAUUGGAUACUGCGGUUAUAACACCGGAUUUGAGAACUGUGCAAGCUUUACAGCGUCGCCAUCAAAACUUAGAGCGAGAAUUAGCACCUGUGGAGGAGAAAGUCAAUCGUGUGAAUUAUUUGGGAAAUUCUGUAAAGAAUGCGUAUCCUGCAGAGCGCGAUAAUGUUACUGCUCGUCAGAAGGAUGUACAGGAUAUGUGGAAGCAAGUUCAUGCCAAAGGAAAUGAAUUACGAAAUCGUAUCGAAAGCGCUGUUGGUCAGCAAAUAUUUAAUAACAGUGCAAAAACGUUACUUGCUUGGAUAGAUUCAGUGAAAGAUCAACUUAAUGCCGAUGAACCAGCGCGUGAUGUUGAGACAGCCAAUAAUCUACUGAAGAAACAUAAUGAUUUGGGUGAUGACAUCAAAGCACACGAUAAUGAGUUCGUUGAAGUUAUCAAUUUGGGCAAGCAGCUAUCGGACGGCAAGCCAAAUAUGGAAGAAACUGUCAAGAUAAUCGAACGCCUUAGAGCUGAACAGGAUGCAAUUCAUCGUGGUUGGGUAGAAAAACAAAAAUGGUUGCAGCAAUGCGUAGAAUUGCAAAUAUUUAAUCGCGAAGCAGAUAAAAUAGAUGCAACCACUAAAAGUCACGAGGCUUUCUUGGAGUAUAAUAAUUUAGGCAAUUCCCUAGACGAAGUAGAGGCUAUAUUGAAACGUCACAUUGAUUUUGAAAAAAGUUUAAUGGCACAAGAUAAGAUACUUAAAGGUUUCUCUGAUAAUGCAGAUAAACUAAUCGCCAACGAUCAUUAUGAUGCAAAAUACAUUGAAGAUAGACGCAAUCAAGUUUUGGGUAAACGUAAAGCUGUUAAAGAUCGUGCAUUCGAACGUAAACGUGCAUUGCAAGCUUCAAAAGAUUUCCAUAAAUUUGCUGCAGAAGCUGAUGAUCUUUCAGUUUGGUUAAAUGAUAAAAUGAAAAUUGCAGGCGAUGAAAAUUACCGUGACUUGUCAAAUUUGCCCAGAAAAUUACAGAAACAUAAGGCCUUUGAGCGAGAAUUGCGCGCAAAUGAGGGUCAACUUAGAAAUAUUAAUAAGGAUGGUGAAGCAUUGAUUGCAACUAAAAAUCGUGUACCAGAAGUAGAACUGAAAGUAGCUACUUUAAAUAAGAACUGGAAAGAUUUGCUGAUACUAUCAGAGGAUAAAGGUCGUAAAUUGGAACAAGCGGCAUUACAACGUGAACAUAAUCGUGCCAUUGAGGACGCCAAGAAGAAAGUUGAUGAACUUAAUGCAGCUCUCAAAAGCAAAGAUGUCGGCAAUGAUUUACGUAGUUGUAAGGAUUUAAUAAACAAACAUCAAUUAUUGGAAUCGGAAGUUACUAUCUGGGAACAAAAGAUUGCAGAACUUGUCAACUCGGGCGAAGAAAUGGCACACGAGGGCCACUUCAAUGCUGCCAACAUUAAAGAUGAAACAAAAGAUGUACAAAAUGAAUUCAAGUUAUUGCGUGAUCCAAUGGCCAAACGUCGAGAAGAGCUAGAAGAAAGCUUAAAUUACCAUAAAUUCGUGUUUGAAUUAGAUGCAGAAUUCCAAUGGAUUAAUGAUCAUAUGCCAGCCGCUAAAUCAAAAGAACUGGGACAAAACUUACAUCAAGCGCAAACUUUAUCAAAGAAACACAAGAAGUUGGAGGCAGAAAUUAAAGGUCAUCAACUAAUGAUUAAUAAAGCCUUACAAUCCGGUCAGAUACUUGUAUCACAGAAUCACCCAGAAAAAGAUAAUGUUGAGAAAUUAUGCGAAAAACUAGAAGAUGCUUGGGCAGAUUUAAAUAAUUACACUAAUGAUCGUUCCAAGAAAUUAGAAAUGUCUUUGAAAGCUCAACAAUAUCUAUCAGAUGCUGGAGAAAUCGAAUCAUGGUUGAAUGAACGCAGCAAUGUUUUGCGUUCAACAGAAUAUGGACGAGAUCGCGAUUCUGCUGCAAAAUUGUUGACAAAACAUAAAACAAUUGAACUUGAAUUAGAUACUUAUUCAGCCAUUGUAACUGAAAUGGGUCAUAACUGUGCCUCAAUGGUUGCUGCAGGUCAUCCGGAUAGCAAGAUACUCACUGCCAAACAACAACUAAUCGAAAAAAUGUUGAAAUCAUUGCAUAAACUUGCAUCACAACGUCAAUUGCGUCUUAUGGAAAGUCUUUACAUGCAUGAAUACUUCUUGGAGUCCGAUGAGGUGGAACAAUGGAUCAAGGAACAGGAACAAGCGGCAUCCUCUGAAGAUUAUGGUCAAGAUUAUGAACACUUGCAACUUCUACAAAACAAAUUCGACGAUUUAAAACAUCGUGUUGAAGUUGGGUCGGAUCGUGUGAACCAAUGUGAGGUUUUGGCCAAAAAGUUAAUCGAUUCUGAAAGUCCUUACGCAGCUGAUGUGGAAAAGAGACAAGAACAAUUGAGAUUAUCUUGGGACAAUUUGCUUAAAUUACUUAAUCAACGUGAGCAAAAAUUACUUGCUGCUGGUGAAAUACAUCGCUUCCACCGAGACGUUGCCGAAGCACUUUUCCGCAUACAGGACAAAAAUGCAGCGCUUUCAUCAGAACUAGGCAAAGAUUUGAAUUCUGCAUUAGCUUUGCUAAGAAAGCACGAAGGCUUUGAAAAUGAUUUAGUGGCUUUAGAAGCACAACUGCAGGUUUUGGUUGAAGAUUCGGUAAGGUUGCAAGCAAAAUAUCCUUCAAAUGCAACUGCCAUUGCACAACAACAAGACAAAGUUGUAGCUGCUUGGAAUGACUUAAAGGAAAAAUCUGGCGCACGUAGCGAUCGUUUGGCUGCUAGCUCAGAUCUGCAAUCAUUCCUCACUGAUGUGCGCGAUAUUAUGUCAUGGUCAUCUAAUUUGCGUGCCGCUUUACAAGCAGAAGAACAUGUCAGUGAUGCAGCAGGUGCAACUGCGCUUAAAAUUCAACACGAUGCUAUCUACGGUGAAAUUGAAGCCCGUGAAGAUAAAUUCCGAUAUCUAAAUGAGCUAAGUGACUCUAUGGUGCAAACAGGGCAUUAUGCUGCAGCUGAAGUAGAAGAAAAAUGUACGGCUAUGUUAGAUGAACGCCAGAAACUGCAUACGGCUUGGAACAAAAAGAAAAUUAUGUUAGAACAAAAAAUUGAUCUUUUCUGUUUCUUACGUGAUGCUAAGCAAAUUGACAACUUGUCCAGUUCUCAACAGGCUGCUUUGACAAGCUCAGACUUUGGACACACGGUUGAAGAUGUACAAAAUCAAAUCAAAAAACAUGACGAAUUCGAACGGCUGAUACAAACACAAGAAGAGAAGGUAGCUUUGUUACAAGAACACGGACGUAAACUUGUAGAACAACGUCACUAUGACAGUGCUAAUAUUCAGAAUAUACUACAAGAUGUGCUUGCUCGUAGACAAAAGGUAAAAGAUCUCUGUGCUGUGCGUCGUUAUAAGCUGGAAGACGCAUUAUUGUACGCACAGUUUGUACGUGAUUGCGCUGAAGCUGAGUCUUGGAUUAACGAGAAGAAAAAGAAACUGGAAGCUGAUGCUGCUAGUUACUCUGAAGUGACUAACUUGGAUGAGAAAAUCAAAAAAUUGCAAAAACAUCAAGCUUUCCAAGCUGAAGUUGCUGCUAACCAAGGUCGCAUCAAGGAGAUACAAGAAACCGGUCUUAUUUUGCUGACAAAACAACAUGAGUCUUCACCCGAAAUUAAAAUAGCUAUAGAGCGGGUGGUAUCGGCAUGGAAGAGUUUAUUGAAUGAGCUAGAUAACCGUGGGCGCGGUCUUGAGGAAGCGCAAGAUAUUCUCGAGUUCAAUAACCAAUUGGAUAAGAUUGAAGCCUGGAUACGUGACAAAGAAAUGAUGAUUCAAGCUAGCGACACUGGCCGCGAUUUAGAACAUUGUAAUGCACUUAUAAGAAAACUGGAUGACGUGGAUUCUGAUAUGCGUGUUGAUGAUCAGAGAGUUAAACACAUCAACAGUCUGGCAGAUAAGCUUAUACAUCAAGGCGAAGUGCCCGCAGAAACUAAAAAUAUUGACAAACGUCGUCGUGAUUUUAACAGCAGAUGGCGUCAGUUACAGGGUGCACUAGGCGCAUAUAGAGCUUUACUGAGUGGUGCAAACGAAAUACAUGUGUUUAACCGCGAUGUAGAUGAUACUGCUGAUCGCAUUGCUGAAAAGGCACUAGCGAUGAGCUCGGAAGAUAUUGGUCGUGAUUUAGCUGCAGUAGAAACACUUAUACGGCGUGAAGAUGCACUCGAACGUGAUAUGUCGGCAGUUAAGCAAAAAAUAGCUGAACACGAAAAUGAUGCACUUAAACUGCAACAAAAAUAUCCUGAACGUGCAAAGGACAUUGAGCGUAAACUCGAUGAAUUGAGUGUUUCAUGGCAAAACUUAGCGGACCUUUCAGUUAAACGGCGUGCAAUACUUAAUGAAGCUUACUUAGUGCAUAAAUUUGUGUCUGAUGUUAAAGAGCUGGAGUUAUGGGUGAAUGAUAUGAUUAAGAAAAUGAAUUCGGCGCAGACACCGAUGACUAUAACCGAUUGCGAGACCCAAUUGGAAUUACAUCAGGAGCGUAAAGUAGAAAUCGAUGGUCGUGAUAGAGCUUUUAAAGAGCUAAAGGCGCAUGGUGAAACGAUUUCCAGCAAAAAUAAGCCAGCUAAUGUGAAGCAGUACUUAAUUAUUCUAGAAGAUCUACAUAGAACAUUACAUGAGGCUUGGAAUGAACGUGCAAAGGAUCUUACCGAAGCCCAUCAAUUACAUUUAUUCAAAACACAAGUAGAACAAGUAGAAAUUUGGCUUGCAAAUAAAGAAGCUUUUCUCAACAAUGACGAUUUGGGCGAUUCCUAUACUGCAGUAGAACGUUUAAUCAAAAAACAUGAUGCAUUUGAAAAGCUUUUGAGUUCCGAUAAUGUCGAUGAGCUUCAAAAGUUUGCUAAGAGCAUACUAGAAGGGGAACCAAAAGAUGCUGAUAUUGUAGAGGAAAAACUAGCUUACAUUUUAAAACGAAAGGCCAAAUUGAAUGCACUUGCACAGGAACGUAAACAGAAAUUAUUGCAAUCAUUGCAAUUGCAGGAGUUCUUACGCAGUCUCUAUGAAAUAGAUCGGUGGUUGGUACAGAAAAUGCAAGUUGCUCUAGAUGAAAACUAUCGUGAACCAAAUAAUUUGCAGAGCAAAAUACAAAAACAUACUGCAUUUGAUAGCGAGCUUUUGACCAAUGCUUCUCGUGUUAAAGAUGUUAUAAGUGAAGGGGAACGCCUUAUAAAGGGUGAACAUUAUGCAAAGGCUGAAAUUGUUCAACAUCUGGAGAUACUUGAAAAUGAUUGGAAUAAACUAAAAGCGGCUUCACAAGAAAAGAAAGAGAAACUUAAUCAAGCUCAUGAAGCACUAACAUUCAAUCGUAACCUGGAUGAGUUUAGUAAUUGGAUGGACGAAGUAGAAUCACAUCUAUCUAGUGAAGAUUACGGUAAAGAUUUAGCAGCUGUCAGCAAUUUAAUUAAGAAACACGAACGUCUUGAAGCCGAUGUGUCACAUCAUAGCGAUUUAGCAGAUCAGAUUAAAGUAAACGAUGAGAAAUUCUUCAAGGCAGAUCAUUUUCUUAAGGAUGAAAUACAUGAAAGAGCUAUCAACACAAUUAAACGUUAUCACACACUUCAUGAACCUAUUGGUAUACGCCGAGAAAAUCUCGAAGAUUCUUUAAGCUUACAACAAUUUUUGCGCGACGCAGAAGAUGAAUUACAAUGGCUAACAGAAAAAGAAGUUAUAGCUGGUUCACAAGAUCUAGGCAGUAGCUUGAUUGCUGUACAGGUACUACAAAAGAAACAUCAUGGACUUGAGGCAGAAAUAUUGUCCCAAGAACCACUUAUACAAGCACUUUUACAACGUGGACAACAAAUGAUACGUGACAAUCACUUUGCAAGCGAAGAAGUGCAAUAUAAAUGCGAUUUGUUGCAAAAGAAGUUGAUUAAUCUGAGGGAUUUAUCCAGUAUACGUCGUUUGCGACUUUUGGAUGCCGUCGAAAGUCAAAUGUUUUAUGUGGAAGCAAAUGAAGCUGAAGCAUGGAUGCGUGAGAAACGUCCAAUACUGGCAUCAAGUGACUAUGGACGAGAUGAAAGUUCCGUACAAUCUCAUCAGAAGAAACUCGAAGUAUUACAACGUGAAUUAGUAUCAUUCAAAGCAUCUAUAGAGAAAGUCAACAAACUUGCCACAAGUCUCAUUGAACGAAAUCAUUUCGACAGUGAAAACAUAAACACAAAGAACACAUCAGUCAACCAACAAUACAGCGAAUUACUGAGACUUGCGAAAGAUCGUGAUAUAAGACUCGGCGAAUGUAAGAAACUGUACGAAUACCUGCGCGAAGCUGAAGACUUACAUGAAUGGAUUGGCGACCAAAUGACCGUUACUGCUUCUGAAGACUAUGGAGAAGAUGUGGAACAUGUUGAACAAUUGAUACUUGCUUUUGAAUCCUUUGUUUCCAAUCUUACUGCAAAUGAAUCACGCGUUCAAGCUUGUCUCCAGCAUGGCGAUGAACUAAUAAAGGAAAAUAAUCCAUAUCGUUCAUCAAUCAAAACUAAACGUGAUGAAACCAAACAGCUUUGGGAGGAAUUGAAAGAUUUAGUAAACGCACGUCAGGAAGCUUUGGCAGGUGCAAAACAAGUACAUGUCUAUGAUCGUAUAGCUGACGAGACUAUAUCACUUAUUAACGAGAAGGAAUCAUCACUUAUAUCAGAAGAUUAUGGACAAGAUUUGGAGAGCAUACAAGCACUAAGUCGUAAGCACUUAGUAUUCGAAUCAGAGCUUGUAGCUAUUAAAGAACAAGUAGAUUCUGUACUAGCAGAGGCUAAGAAAUUGGGUGAAAUAUUCCCUGAUGCCAAGGAACACAUUGAAGUGAAACGUGAUGAAACAGUCGAGGCAUGGGCGGAUCUAAAAGAAAAGACAAACGUUCGUAAAGGAAAAUUGUCACAAGCAGAGCAGCUACAGUCUUACUUCGAUGAAUAUCGUGAUUUAAUCGCUUGGAUAAAUGAGAUGCUUGCCAAAAUAACUGCACCAGAACUUGCAACAACUGUUGCCGGUGCUGAGUCACUGUUGGCUAGUAUUAAAGAACAUCAUGCCGAAAUUCAUGCACGCGACGAAACUUUUGCAAACUUCACCGCUAAUGGUCAGAAACUUAUUAAAGAGAAACACUUUUUGGCACAUGAAGUUGAAGAUAAAAUACAAGUUUUAAAACAACGUCACGAUUUACUGCUGCAUACACUGCAACAACGUAAAGAAAUCUAUGAACUUAACUUGGAUACACAAUUGUUCCUUAAAGAUGCAGAAAUACUAGAAAAUUGGAUAAUUAGCCGCGAGCCAUUGCUUAAAGAUGCAAAAUUGGGUGAUUCCAUACCACAAGUAGAAGAUUUGAUACGUCGCCAUCAGGACUUCGAGAAGACAGUUGCUGCACAAGAAGAAAAGUUCCAAGCUAUUAAGCGCAUUACUUUAUUGGAACAACGUUUCCGCAAGCAGGUUGAAAGUGAAAAAUUGGCUAAACUCAAAGAAAAAGAGCGUUUAGAAAAGGAAAGACUUGAACAGUUGAAACAGAAAGAGCUGCAAAGAUUGAAUGAUGAAAGAAGACGAGCUGAAAAACAAAUGGAACAUCGAAACAAUGUAGCAGCUCAAGAGAAGACGCCAAUAUUCUCAUCGCCAAUGGUUGUUGUGAACUCUAAUAACACACCUCAGUCUCCACCAGUAACAUCAAAUGCACGUGCACCAUUUGAAGAAGAUCAUUAUUCAUUACAAAAAAGUAAUUCCAGUAAUAUAUUCGGCGACCGAUUACGACGUGGAUCCGAUACUGUUAAACGUGCGGAAAGUAUGAAGGUACAACAAAAACAACCAAAACGUACACCUUCCUUUACAACUAGACGCCGUGCCCAGUCUUUCCGUAAAAAUCAAAAGGGUGAAGGAUUUGAUUUGCCACCAGUUGAGAUUCAAGGUAUGCUAGAACGAAAACACGGUCUGCAAUCAGGUGGCAAAAAGGCACCCGUACGUUCCUGGAAACAAUUCCAUACAGUACUUUGCGGACAGUUGUUAUGUUUCUUUAAGGAUGAAAAUGAUUUCUUGCAACAGAAGACAGCCACUGCACCAGUAAAUAUUUUGGGUGCAAAAUGUGAACGCGCGGAUGACUACACCAAGAAGAAAUACGUAUUCCGAUUAAAAUUACCUGAUGGCUCAGAGUUUUUAUUUGAAGCACCUUCCCUUGACAUAAUGAAUGAUUGGGUACGCAAGAUAUCAUUCCAUGCUAGUCUGCCACCGAACCUACAAUUAUUAAGCUACGAUGAAUCAGUAAAGCAACAAUCAAAUAGUGUGCCAGACAUUAAAGUGGUUAGCCACCAACUUGAAUCACCAAAUAGUUCUCGUAAUUCUUCACCAGAUUCACAGAGACGCGCCGUUUCUAGAAAUGAUUCCGUAAAUAGUGGUGUUUCUGCUAGCUCAGCAACACCCCAAAUGAAUUUCUUACAAAAACAGAUGCAACAACAACAACAUAGUCAAUCAACGUCGCCUACAUCGCCAACAAGUCCUUAUGGUUUUGAACAAAAACCACCCAUACCACCUAGAGGUGCGCCACCACCAGUGCCAAACAGACAAAGUACAGAUAACUUAGUUGUGUUAAGGAAUCGUAAUAACUCAAAUAGCGAUGUUUCAGAUAUGAACAGCAAUUUUGGUGGUAGUAUGUCACGUUUACAAUCCUCCACAUUACCCGCUGGCAUUUCGGGCAUACAAAAUGGUUCAAAUGAUGACAGUGUCAUUGUAAUAAAACGCCACAGUGAGAAUAGACAAUCAGAAAAUCCUCCGCCAUUACCUACAACAAUGCCUCCAAGAGGUGCUGGUCAUCAUACACAAAUUCAACAACGCAUAAAUGCAUAUAAUGCUGCUGCAGCAGCCACACCACCACAAAAUAACAAUCAGGAUUAUCAUGGUAACUACGUGAGAAUGCAUCAAAAUCAACUGCAUCAACACCAACAUCAACAUCAGCAUCAGCAGCAUCAAUUGCAUCAUUCACCGCCAUCCCAUAUAGUGACGGCAACACCACGUACAAGUGUCGGUGGUCGUAUGGAUACAGUACGUAAAUUUAUAGAAGUUGAAUCCAGCGGUAUUGGCAGUAUGCCUAUGGAACAUCAGCCAACACAUGGCAGUGGCAUGAACAAGAGAAUCGUUCACAGUACUAUGUCAACAAGUUCUAACUCGAGUAUCGGCAGUAAUAGCAACAACAACAAUAACAAUGGCUGGGGCACAACUCGUUUCGAAAGUAAUCGGCCAGUAUCAUUGCAACCCGAUGCAGUAAAUAUAUCUCGUGUCUCCGCGGAAAGCUCAAGCGAGAGUGAAGCUCAAUCAAUAUCUUCAUUAUCCGGCGUUAAAGGCAGUAAAAACAAGGAGGAACGUAGAAGUGGGAUGUUCAGAAUAUUUGGUCGUAAAGGUGAUAAGGAAAAGGACAAACGUAGAUCAUCCAGUCAGAUGCCACAAUAAAAUCACUUAAAAAAGUUUGGAAUUAAAAUUUGCUAAAACUUCUUUCAAGGAAAAACAUUGUCUUAAAUAUAUGUAUUUAAUUUGGAAUGCUGAAAAGAAAUGAGAGAACUUUUGUUUUAGCCACCACUUCGUUAUUAUUUUUUAAAUUAACCAUCAAAGUUAUUAAGUCAACAUUUAUAUAUAUAUAUUUUAUAA